AUGGAUGUGAAAGAAGGCAAGCUAGGAGACAAGACGAAAGAUAUGGAGCACGGCAAGGGGCGGGACGAGCCCCAGAACUACGAAGUGCCUAGCAGCAGCCUGGGGUUGACCACGUCCCACGAUUCCACAGUUGACAGCACCCCCCGUCCUCGUGUCCACCUCCAUAACACCCUCCUCCCCGAGACGCCCCCCACCUCCCAGACCAAAGACAUAAUCUUCAUGGUGGCCGAGAUGCAGCAACAGUUUCUCGACGCUCUUGCCAGUCAGAAGAACGACAACCCCGACCGGCUCCAUCACCCACACAAACUCGUCUGCCCUACCAUCACACGCUUCACCAGCGACCCUUUCGUGAUCGUACGCCAUCUAUAUGCGCUGGAAGACUACAUCGACAACGCAAGCCUCACGAUGGGCUCAUCGACACUCUUCGACGCCUGGGUCGUGCGCCAGUGCAACCUCUCUAUUGCUGGCGUUGGGGACUGGCGGACGUGGUCUCAGGAGAAGGGAAGGUAUACCUCAAACUUCUCCGCGUGGAGCCGCCUAUGGAAGGCGAAGGUGCUCGACAGGGAUUGGGUCGACCAAGUUAGAAACUCGGCGGCUUCGAGGCGAAUGGCGGGAGUCACUCCUCUUCAAUUUGACGCCUUUGCCUCUUCGCCUCGAGACCAUCAAAACAUUCUCCGAGAUUCGAACGAUCCCCUUGAUGACAAGGAAGUCAAGAGGCUAUUGAUGGCGGGGUUGAUUUCCCCUUUUGUCACGCAUGCUGUCAAGGGCGCGUGGUCUCGACAAUUUUCUGACAUUUGA